CCCCAGGACGCCAAGGGCGGACCCCACCGUGACACGCCCACCAUGCAGAUGCUCCUCCAGCUCCUCUGCCUCGCUCUGGCUUGUGCUUCUGCUCAGGCCACUCUGUCAAAGUCAGACGCCAAAAAAGCUGCCUCGAAGACGCUGCUGGAGAAGACUCAGUUUUCAGAUAAGCCUGUCCAGGAUCGGGGGCUGGUGGUGACGGACCUCAAAGCUGAGGAUGUCGUUCUUGAGCAUCGCAGCUACUGCUCGUCCAGAGCCCGGGACAGACAUUUCACCGGGGAGGUCCUGGGCUACGUCACUCCAUGGAACAGCCACGGCUAUGACAUCGCCAAAGUCUUUGGGGGCAAGUUCACACAGAUCUCCCCGGUGUGGCUGCAGCUGAAGAGGCGUGGCCGCGAGAUGUUUGAGAUCACGGGCCUUCACGAUGUGGACCAAGGGUGGAUGCGAGCCAUCAGGAAGCAAGCCAAGGGCCUGCGCAUAGUGCCUCGGCUCCUGUUUGAGGAUUGGACUUACGACGAUUUCCGGAAUGUCUUCGACAGUGAGGAUGAGAUAGAAGAGCUCAGCAAAACCAUGGUCCAGGUGGCAAAGAACCAGCAUUUUGAUGGCUUUGUAGUGGAGGUCUGGAGCCAGCUGCUGAGCCAGAAGCACGUGGGCCUCAUCCACAUGCUCACCCACGUGGCCGAGGCGCUGCACCAGGCCCGGCUGCUGGCCAUCCUGGUCAUCCCACCUGCUGUCACUCCUGGGUCGGACCAGCUGGGCAUGUUCACGCACAAGGAGUUUGAACAGCUGGCCCCCGUUCUGGAUGGCUUCAGCCUCAUGACCUACGACUACUCCUCAGCGCAGCAGCCUGGUCCUAACGCACCACUGUCCUGGGUUAGAGCCUGUGUCCAGGUCCUAGACCCCAAGUCCAAGUGGCGAAGCAAGAUCCUCCUGGGGCUUAACUUCUAUGGCAUGGACUAUUCAGCCUCCAAGGAUGCCCGCGAGCCUGUCGUUGGAGCCAGGUACAUCCAGACGCUGAAGGACCACAGGCCUCGGAUGGUGUGGGACAGCCAGGCGGCAGAGCACGUCUUCGAGUACAAGAGAAGCCGCGGCGGCAGGCAUGUGGUCUUCUACCCGACUCUGAAGUCCCUACAGGUGCGGCUGGAGCUGGCCAGGGAGCUGGGCGUCGGGGUCUCCAUCUGGGAACUGGGCCAAGGCCUGGACUACUUCUAUGACCUGCUGUAGGCCGCAGCGCAGCCCAGAGCGGGCGUGGACUGUUGUACACCGUGGACGGCGACGCUGUGAAAUACAGGCUUGUGCCGUCUGCUGGGC